AGUAAUCACGGUUGUCAAACGUGAAGUCUGCUGGCUGAAAUUCGCACCGGGCGGUGACAAAGUAAAACAAAACAUACCGCAAAUUAUUAGAAAAAAAAAAACAUUUAAGUUGCUGUUUUCACGUUAAUAAUUUAAAAUAAAUUCAGGUCGUACUCAAGCAGAUUGUGUUAAAUCGAAUAGACUUUAGGCUAACGUAGGUAUGGAAAUUGACUCAGAGCAAAGCUCACUGCGGCCGAUGUUAUGUGAGUUGAAUAUUCUAACCCGAUCGGAUGGAUCCGCGUUGCUGACUCAGGGUGAAACGGCCGUCAUUGCCAGCGUUCAUGGUCCGGUCGAAGUACGGCUGCAGCAUUUGAGCGCCGAAAAGGCUCACGUUGAGAUUCACUUUCGACCGCGUUCCGGCUUGGGUAGCGUCAGUGACCGGUUGCUGGAGAAUCUGAUCCGUAGCACGUACGAGUCAACGAUUCUGACGGCGCUGCAUCCUCGUACGGCCAUCUCAAUUCAGUUGCAGGAAAUGCAAGACCACGGAGGCCUAAUCGCGUGUGCCAUCAACGCUGUCUGUUUAGCUUUGGUGAAUAGUGGCAUCGAAAUGCAGUACCUGGUAGGUGCCGUGCAUAGUGUACUCGAUGCGGACGGUCGGAUAUGGCUGGAUCCGAGCGAUUUACAAGCCAAGGAUGCACAGGCACGGUUUACGUUUGUGUUUGAUAGUGUGGCGAAGAAAACGGUUUCCAUCUAUACCCAUGGGAGAUUUACUCCGGAGCAGUACCAUCGUGCGCUGCGGCUGGGAACGACUGCUGUGGAUGAGGUUUUUGAGUUCUAUCGAAAGAUUGUGGCUAAGCAGUGCGAGGUUCUGUGAAUAAAAUUUUUUUAAAUGUAAA